UGUGUUCCAUGCACUAGUGCGAGGCUCCUAGCCUUUGCACAUGCCUAAUUUUGUUGGAUAGAAGGUGGUAGAAAGGUGGGGCUACUUAUUACAGCAAAGGUAAAGCAGAGGAUUGUUACGAUCUUGUGUGGCCCACGACAACCUCCCACAAAUUGAAUUCCAUUUAAGAAAAAUGCUACUGAUAAAUAGAUUCCACAAAUUUAAAUUAAAUUACCAACCAAAAAAUCCUUGCAAAAGGGAAAAAAAAAUGGCCAAGGAGCUCUGCUCUGGGCGAACGGCCUUGUUAUCCAUAAACACUUGGCAAGGCCAGCAGCAGCACCAUUUGAGGAGGUCUCAGUUGGGCGCGCUUCCCAUCUCAGCAACUCGUCGCCUCGCUAAACAUUCCCGGUUUCAAGUGGUCUGCCAGAGCGUUGAGAUGCAGGCGAAGAAAGAGCAAUAUGACCCAGAAUUUGGUGCCAAAGUUGGGCAAGACCGUCUCUUGAAGGUCCCCGUUUCCAACAUUAGAAAUUUCUGCAUCAUAGCACAUAUUGAUCAUGGGAAAUCAACUUUGGCAGACAAGUUGCUUCAGAUGACGGGUACUGUGCAGAAGCGAGAAAUGAAAGAGCAGUUUCUUGAUAACAUGGACUUGGAGAGGGAAAGAGGCAUUACAAUCAAACUUCAGGCAGCUCGAAUGCGUUAUAUGUUUGAAAAUAAGCCAUAUUGCCUUAAUCUAAUUGAUACUCCAGGGCAUGUAGACUUCUCUUAUGAGGUUUCUCGAUCACUUGCUGCAUGCGAGGGUGCUCUACUUGUUGUAGAUGCUUCUCAGGGUGUGGAAGCACAAACUCUGGCUAAUGUAUAUUUGGCCUUGGAGAACAACCUCGAAAUUAUCCCUGUUCUAAACAAGAUAGAUCUUCCAGGUGCUGAGCCAGAUCGUGUUAUCAGGGAGAUUGAGGAGGUUAUUGGUUUAGAUUGUACCAAUGCAAUAUGCUGCUCUGCAAAGGAGGGUAUCGGUAUAACUGAAAUUCUUAAUGCAAUUGUUGAAAGGAUUCCUCCACCUCGUGAUGGUGCUAGGCAUCCUCUAAGAGCUUUAAUAUUUGAUAGCUACUAUGAUCCUUAUCGUGGUGUUAUUGCCUAUUUUCGAAUCAUAGAUGGGAGGAUAAAGAAAGGUGAUAAAAUUUAUUUUAUGGCCACUAAGAAGGAUUAUUUUGCUGAUGAAAUUGGAGUUCUAUCUCCUAAUCAGAUGCAGGUGGAGGAAUUGUAUGCUGGUGAGGUAGGGUACCUUUCGGCAUCAAUAAGGUCUGUUGCAGAUGCUAGAGUGGGUGACACUGUUACUCACUGUGAUAGAAGGGCCGAAAGUUCGCUACCCGGAUAUGAGGAAGCCACUCCAAUGGUGUUUUGUGGCCUAUUUCCUGUUGAUGCAGACCAGUUUCCAGAGUUGCAUGAUGCAUUGGAAAAACUGCAACUAAAUGAUGCUGCAUUAAAGUUUGAGCCCGAGAACUCAAGUGCUAUGGGUUUUGGCUUUAGAUGUGGCUUCUUGGGUCUUCUUCACAUGGAAAUUGUACAGGAAAGACUUGAAAGGGAGUACAAUCUGAGCCUGAUAACCACUGCUCCUAGUGUUGUGUAUAGAGUGAACUGUGUAAAUGGUGAUACCGUUGAGUGCUCAAAUCCAUCUUUGCUUCCUGAACCUGGACAAAGAAGGUCAAUUGAGGAACCAUUUGUUAAGAUUGAGAUGCUUACAUCAAAGGACUAUAUUGGGCCACUGAUGGAAUUGGCUCAAGACAGAAGAGGAGAAUUCAAAGAGAUGAAAUUUAUCACUGAGAACAGAGCAUCCAUCAUCUAUGAGUUACCCCUUGCAGAGAUGGUAGGUGAUUUUUUUGACCAGAUGAAGUCCAGAAGUAAGGGUUAUGCUAGCAUGGAAUAUACUUUCAUUGGGUAUAAGGAAAGUGAAUUGAUAAAGCUUGACAUUCAGAUUAAUGGUGAUCGGGUGGAACCAUUGUCCACUAUUGUGCACAAGGAUAAGGCAUACGCUGUUGGGAGGGCUUUGACUCAAAAGCUGAAGGAUCUUAUACCUAGACAAAUGUUUAAAGUACCAAUUCAAGCAUGCAUAGGUUCAAAAGUAAUUGCUAGUGAAUCUUUGUCAGCAAUUAGAAAGGAUGUUUUGGCGAAAUGCUAUGGUGGGGAUAUCUCAAGAAAAAAGAAGCUCCUUAAGAAACAGGCUGAAGGGAAGAAAAGAAUGAAGGCAAUAGGAAAAGUAGAUGUACCUCAAGAAGCCUUCAUGGCUGUGUUAAAACUUGAGAAGGAAGUAUUAUGACAAUGAUACAUUGUAUCUUCGAGGCUUUUACUUUCUAUUGUGCUCUAGUAUUAGUCUAAGUUUAGUUUAAUUCAACGGUUGAACUAUAAAAUAAUAUUGUAAGAACCAAAAUUUUCAUUCGAGUUAAUUAAUAAAUUACUUAAAUUUUCAAAUGACACGAAAUUGGGAAAGUCUAGCGAAGCUACCGAUCGGCAGCAACCAUUGUCGAUUGGCUGGGCCUUUGCAGCACAAGUGGGCCAGUGUUAAAGUUUCAUGGGCUAGAUCAUAUUUUGGGCAUCGUACUAAUCUAGGGAUCCGGCUAUAGAUCGACAGCAGGUACUUACGAUUGGCCGAGUGAUUUAUUUUGGAAGUGAAUGAACCUUGACAGAUUUUUGAACAUUUUGGGAGAAAAAGUAGGGCAUUGAUCGAUAGUCCCAUCAGCCAAUGGACAAGCUCUGUGGAUUUC